ACGUACAAUCAUAUGCAUGCAACUACAUCUGACCCAUGGGACAUUUCAGUUAUUUCAGGUUAAAGAUCGACUGUACAUUCCUUCACAAGUCGGAAACCAAAUUAAAAGACAAACGUUUCCUUCUUGUAAGAAUGCAAUUCAUAGUUUCCCUGCAGCUGUGACCAUACAUAUAAGCAGAGAUUCUACUGUCACAUCUUGAAAUUUCAUUUUUAUGUAGAAUCCAAAGUUCAACUUGAAAACUUUUUCAUGAGAAAUUAUACAGACUGUAUGUUGCAAAAAUGAUUCUCCGUGGAUAUUCCCAUGUUGGUUCGAUAUUUUAAAAUUUAGAAACCCGAGUACUUGAUGUGGGAACAUCUAUAUUUAGAUUGUUGAGUGUGGUUUGCAGGCAUUGCACAGCUGAUUUGCAGCACUUCUGUUUCAGUAAAGAGAAUUUCAAACAGUAUGCUGUUUAUGUUAAAAUGUUACCUCAAUUUUGUAAUUUUCCUGGCAAAGUCUAAUUGCCCAUUGAUUUGAUUUAUGCUUCACAGAAUUCUACUAGAUUCCUAAGGAAACCUGAUGAAAAUGCAGAACGGUAUCAAGGAUUUAACGCUUUUUGACUUGGAUGGUGAAAGCAAACUCUAUGUGGUUGAUUCAAUAAAUAAUUUGCACCGGGCAAAUACCUGUGAAGAUCGCUGCAACCCAACUUCAAAUUCAGUAGAAUGUGAAAGUGUUGCUGAUGAAACUGAAGCACGCACAAAGGAAUUGUUGAAAGAUAAUGAGAAGAAGGAGCCAGGAGUUGAUCUAGCAACAGGUAAUUCUACAAAAACUGAUCCUUCGUUUUGCUUUCGGCAUUUUAAGAAAAUGUUACUACUUGCUACUGUAAUCGUACUUCUUCUGAUCAGCUUUGUACUUGCUGUGUUUGCUAUCUUCUUUAUUGAAUGGAGAACCAGCUUAAUUACAUUUCAACAAGAGUGACUGCAGAAGACAGAAAUAUUAAAGAAAUCAAGAUACUCAUGUUGAACUAUUUCAAUUUUUCAAAAGGGUUAAAUGACAGUAAUGUAGCUGGAAUAUCUCCCACCUCUAAUACCCAAAGUCCAUGAUCAGAAGACCAUAACCAAAAGGUAUCAAAGACAUGUAAGUUUGCAAGUUUCAAAGACUCCAAUGAAAACUAAAACAAUCAAACAAGAUGCCUCAGUUUACAUAACCUUCUUCAAACUAUGCCUGCUUGGAUUGUCAAUUUUGGUGCUGGAAGAAUGCCUAAGUCCAGCAACAGUCACAUGGAUUCCUUCAAGAAACAUUUGCGAAUAACAAACCCUUCACAGUGAAUGCAGUUAUAAAUGUGAUCCAUUGCAAAUGUUCCAACUAAUUAAACGGAAUCAGCCUUGACUAUCUUCAGUCACCUGACCCAGCAGAAUAAACUGAUUUAAUUACAGAACAAGAAUCUGCAAAAGAAAUUAAGCCUCAAUGUUGCAUGGCAGUCAAUUCCUUUUUACAGGAGUCUGUUAAAUUCUAAACAUUUCUUGUUUACUUCCCAAUUGCUCAGAUAAUCGUGAUGUACACUUUAUUGAUUUGAACCUGUACAAUCAUUUACAUUACUUAAGUUGAAGUAUUUUUGCCUUUCUUUUGGGAAUGGUACUGUGCAAUUAAAUGCUGCCUGUAUAGUAUAAUGGAAAGUGUCUCCAUUAUUUUAUUAUGUUGCAUGGUUCUUGGAGCUUUUGCAUUGUCCAUAAAUAUGUCAUUAUGCAAGUAUUCUAAUUAUUAAUGAACUUUGGUACUAAACUGUACAAUAUAGAACUAAAGAGCACUGCAAGCAAUGCCAACCUGUUUAAUUUGUUUCAAAAACAAGUGUCUUCAAA